AUGGCAAACACGAACACGGUCAAUACAUGUAACUCUGGCACUGACUUUGGGCCAAAGUCCACAGCCGUUAUUUCAGUACCUACUCUUGAAGCCAAACAACCGGGUACAACGUUUCUCGACCUUCCAUCGGAACUUCGACUGCAAAUUUUUCGAUACGCCUUUGACCCCGGCGAUCUCGUAUCCAUCCGCCGAAAUCCAGCUGUACUGACUAGCAACUCCUUCAAAAACGACACACGCUUUGCCAACCGGUCAUUGCGCCUCGCCACGAUUUGUCGCACAGUAAGCCAAGAGGUUGUCGAAGCAUACUACAGCAGCGACGCCCUUCCUUUGAAGGUAGAGUGGGCCGAGUAUUUCUCCCAAACCAAACAGCUCUUACUACCUCCGAGACAUGUCCGACGAUUUGUCAGGAGAAUCGCCUUCUACAACUCCACCGAGAACUUUUGGCACUCGGCUAUAGGGCAUGGCCAAGGUCUGGGGCCGCUGCAGAGGCUGGAUGAGUUGGGUUUUACACACUUGAAGUCGGUUUAUGUGGUCAUAGGCGACGGUACGGCUGAGAUUAUCAACCUUUGCUUCCAAGAACCGCGCAGGCAGAGGUCGAAAUUGGAGAGGCUGGAAGAGACUCGUCAGGCUUUUGGCGGGCUACGUGUUCGUGCGGACUCGGUUUCAAUCUUUGGCCUCGAGCGUCACACAGAGUUCACGAGUGAGCUAGAGAAGGCAGUUACCCUGUACCGCUAA